AUGAAUCCAGAUUAUCACUAUCUCUUCAAAUUACUUUUAAUUGGUGAUUCAGGUGUUGGUAAAUCAUGUUUAUUAUUACGUUUUGCUGAUGAUACCUAUUCAGAAUCAUUUAUUUCAACUAUUGGUGUCGAUUUCAAAAUUAGAACUAUUGAAUUAAACGGUAAAACUAUUAAAUUACAAAUUUGGGAUACAGCUGGUCAAGAACGUUUUAGAACCAUCACAUCAUCAUAUUAUCGUGGCGCCCAUGGUAUCAUUGUUGUAUACGAUGUUACAGAUAAAUUAACUUUCGAAAAUGUUAGACAAUGGUUACAAGAAAUCGAUAGAUUCGCAUGCGAAAAUGUUAACAAACUUUUAGUUGGUAAUAAGAGUGAUCUUGUUGCUAAAAAAGUUGUCGAUUACAAUACUGCCAAAGCAUUCGCCGAUUCACUCCAAAUCCCAUUCCUCGAAACCUCUGCUAAACAAUCAACCAAUGUUGAACAAGCUUUCAUGACAAUGGCAACUGAAAUUAAAAAUAGAUUAACUGCCUCCCAACCAACCCAAACCCCAGAUAAAAAUAAGGUUGUACCAGGCCAAUCAGCUCCAAUCUCAACAAAAUCUGGUUGCUGUUAA